CGAAUUCAUCGCAUUUCACUUCCAACUCCCAAGCACCAAAUUUACGUUCACGAAUGCCAACCAACUGACUGAAGAUAGUGACAGUGCACUGCUAGACGCCAAGGACCCGUGGAGAUGGAGGAUGGAGAGGUGAGCGGUACAAAUCACACUCAUACAGAAACAGGCUACGAUCCUGCAUACGAAUGGCCUGGCAAUACAGAAGUCCCACAGUCUACUACGGUCCUGAAUGAAUCUCUUUCAUCAACUUUCAAGCCAUGGUCCCUACUUCGCUUGCUUGUGCAAACCACCUCCGUCCUUCCAAAGAUCCAACGUCUCGCAGUGCUUGAUGAGCACAAAGAAGUGCAAUUUGGGAGAGAUGUUGCUCCCGCUGGAAGCGGAAUUCCUCGUGUGAGGUUGAAGGAAAUGGCAGUUUCCAAGUUACACGCGACGGUGUUUUGGGAUACCGGAAGGCGGGAGUGGGCAGUUGUGGAUAUGGGAUCCAAACAUGGGUCAUUCUUGCGUCCUGGUGGAUAUUCCGGUCCAACCAUGAACGUGGGUGAAGAUUUUGGGGUCAGGCUUUCUCCCCCACGAGUAGCCAGCUUUCCACGCACAUUAAAGCACAAGGACGCAUUGACAAUUGGAAGCACCACGUUUGUGGUGCAUAUCCAUUCUGACCGCAUGUCAUGUGAAGGAUGUGCGUCAAGCGGGAGCGGCGAUAAUACCAUUCCACUUUUCCCUGCUCCAAAAUGUGUUAAACGAGCAAGAGAGGAAGUCGGUCCAAUACCUUCGGAGGGGAGGGAUGCCAAGAAAGCGCUGACUAUGCUGAAACGGACGUUGUUAUCUCGUCAUGAUAUAGCUAGGCCAUCGGCAUCCAGUCAGCCCUCCAGCUAUGUGGACCGCUCUGCAAAGAGACGAGCACUAUUCCCCAGUUCGCCGCUUGAUACUCCAGGUGCACCCAAUCCUAGAAGCGAUUCACCAUCCGCUGCUUCUUCUGGUCCCGCCCGCAUACCUGAAACCCCUGCACCGCCCCAGCUGCUGCCGGAAUCGAACAUUGGCCGUCAGCUGCUAAUGAAGCAGGGUUGGCAGCCAGGAACGGCUUUAGGCUCAGGGAAAUUUGAAUCAGGGUUGAUCGAACCAUUAGAAGUCAGUGCCACUUCAUACAGGUCGGGCCUAGGCAUGCCGGAGAAGGCGCCUACGUCUUCCAGCGGUGACUGGAAGGAAAGCGGGAAGCAAAAGCGGUGGGCGGACAUGAUAGAUCAGAAGUGAACAGUGGAUUGGAAGCACAGUAUAGUUCGAUUUAGACUCGACUGAUUUUUUAAUCCCACAUGCCAAACACGAAUUAUACGCGUUUGGAAGGUUACCUUUAUAUCAGACGUUCAUAAGUACGGCGUGACUCCCCACAUGAUAACAGCCACGCUGGCACUGCAUUGCUCACGUUGACAUGUCACGGAAGCCGUGUAAUGGGUUAGAUCGAACUUGUGCCUUCUUUGUCUGAUGGAAAGGCAUCAUGUAUGUGUACGUUUGUGUUAUUAUUGUGUAUAGUACGUACAAAGGUGUGAAAGCACGC